AUGUUUGGGUCAAAUGGAGCUAAAGUAAUUACUAAUACAUUUCUUAAUAACGAAAUUCAAGAUAAUUUACAAACACGAUUAAUACAAAGUUCAUCACGCAUUGUUGUUAUAUUGGCUGAAUCGAGCCAUACUAGAUUAAUCUUACAAGAAGCACUAGAUUCUGAUGUACUUGGUCCAAAAUUUACAUGGAUACUAAGUUCAAGUAUAUCAUUAACUUCAUUUAAUUCAAUAUUUUAUUCAAAAUUGAUUGGAAUGCUAAUUAUUGAACAAGUUACAGGAGCUAUCAUCAGUGAAUCAGUUAAUACGACAUUAUUGAAUACAGCCUAUCAGAUUUGGAAAGAAUAUGAACCUGAAUCAUUUCCUGGAUCAAUGAAUGUUAGUAAUUAUGCGUUAUAUACAUUUGAUGUUACUUAUUCAUUAAUUCAAUCUUUAUAA